GCUCUAUAGAAAUGCAGCUGUCUGUCCAGCCGCCACUUUUGACUUGUGCAGUAGACCUGGGGAUCCAUGGGGACGGAGGCGAAAGUGAAGGUGUUCGGGCCGGCGAGAUCCACCUGCGUGGCGCGGGUGCUGGUGUGCCUGGAAGAGGUCGGCGCCGAGUACGAGCUGGUGCACGUCCACCUCCCCGCCGGCGAGCACAAGGGCCCCGCGCAUCUCGCCCGCACCCUCUUUGGCCAGGUCCCGGCUUUCCAGGACGGUGAUCUCAUCCUUUUCGAGUCGCGCGCGAUUUCGAGGUACGUGCUCCGCAAAGGCGCAUCCGAUCUACUCCGAGAAAACAGCCUCGCCGAGUCGGCGACGGUGGACGCGUGGCUCGAAGCUGAGUCCCACAACUUCGACAGGGCCAUGUCGGCGAUCACCUUCCAGUGCUUCGUCGUGCCCAUGUUCAUGGGCGGGACGACUGACCACAAAAUCGUCGAGGAGAACCUGGAGAAGCUUAAGGCGGCCCUCGGAGUCUACGAGGAGCGUCUGACCAGGUUCAAAUACUUGGCCGGAGAUUUCAUCAGCCUGGCGGACCUGAGCCAUUGCCCCAUGGCUCACUACCUGCUGGCCAGCCCCUGCGCGUCGGUGCUCGAUGCGUAUCCGCGUGUGAAGGACUGGGUUGAUGGGAUGAUGGAUCGACCGAGCGUGAAAAAGGUCAUGGAGCUUAUGGAUGCGUCAUGAAAAGAGCGGUGUGGUGUGUGCUUUGUGGAGACUAUGUGAGAUGUGCUGGUGCAGAUGAUUUGUCUUGUUUGUAAUAACUCUUUCCAUUUUGAGAGAAAACUUUAGCCGAACAAGGCCCUAGAGGGUUUCAAUUCGACAUCAAAGUAUACCCAAUUUAUGUGCAAAGAUCUUAAUUAUUUACGCCCAACUUUGUAAUAUUGGCCCA